AUGGCACAAGACUAUCUGAAAAAGCCACCCAUGUCAGAAGAUGAGGCAGCUCCCGAGAAGAAAUCCCGCAUCUCCGUGUCUCAAGACCCAGACAUUCACAGUACAGAUACAGGUACGGUUGUAUUCCUGUACCCGCCCGCGGGAUACCUCAGCUGGUCACUUAAUCGGAUACUCCUCACAUGCAAAGUUUGGCUGCUAGAGCUCUUCAACCCGGCUCUUGAUGAGGGUUGUAAAGAAAAGCGUGUCGAUAAGCUCAUGGCUGCGAACAGAUCCAGUGCUCAGGCUUUGCAGAAGCAAUACUCAAAGCAAAAGCUGUGGUACCUUGAGGUAAUCGCUGUGCAUCCUGCACUACAAUCACGCGGUCUGGGUGGAGGCGUGAUGAGAUGGAUUUUGGAAAGGGUUGGAGAACAGCCUAUAUACUUGGAAUGCACGGCGCGGGAGAAUGUUUCAUUCUACGAGGCUUUCGGCUUUCGAGUCGUCGAAGAGGUAGAGUUGAUGGAUGAUGACGAUGGUGAAAAGCUUUUUUACUGGGUCAUGAUUCGUACGUGA